AUGGAUUUCGGAGCCUUGGAGACGGUGGUGGCCAACUCUGCCUUCAUCGCCGCCCGGGGCAGUUUCGAUGGCAGCAUCGCCCCGUCCUCCCGGGACAAGAAGUACCUGGCCAAGCUCAAGCUGCCCCCGCUGUCCAAGUGCGAGGGUCUCCGGGCUGGCCUCAGCCUGGAGUUCGACAGCCUGUGCACGGAGCAGCCCAUUGGCAAGCGGCUCUUCCAGCAGUUCCUGGGGACGGACGGGAGGCAUGUGCCGGCCCUGGAGCUCUGGAAGGACAUUGAGGACUAUGACACGGCCGACGACGACUUGCGGCCACAGAAGGCCCGGGCCAUCCUGGCCGAGUACCUGGACCCGCAGGCCAAGCUCUUCUGCAGCUUCCUGGAUGAGGGGACGGUGGCCAGGGUGAAGGAGGGGCCCGUGGCCAGCCAGGACGGCCUCUUCCAGCCACUGCUGCAGGCCACCCUGGCACACCUGAGCCAGGCCCCCUUCCAGGAGUACCUGGACAGCCUGUACUUCCUGCGCUUCCUGCAGUGGAAGUGGCUGGAGGCCCAGCCCAUCGGGGAGGACUGGUUCCUGGACUUCAGGGUCCUGGGGAAAGGGGGCUUUGGGGAGGUGUCGGCCUGCCAGAUGAAGGCAACCGGCAAGAUGUAUGCCUGCAAGAAGCUGAACAAGAAGCGGCUGAAGAAGAGGAAGGGCUACCAGGGUGCCAUGGUGGAGAAGAAGAUUCUAGCAAAAGUGCACAGCCGGUUCAUCGUGUCCUUGGCCUACGCGUUUGAAACCAGGACGGACUUGUGCCUGGUGAUGACCAUCAUGAACGGCGGCGACGUGAGGUACCACAUCUACAACGUGGAUGAGGAGAACCCCGGCUUCCCCGAGCCGCGCGCCGUCUUCUACACGGCCCAGAUCAUCAGCGGCCUGGAGCACCUGCACCAGCGGCGCAUCGUCUACCGCGACCUCAAGCCCGAGAACGUGCUGCUGGACAACGACGGCAAUAUCCGGAUUUCCGACCUUGGGCUGGCUGUGGAGCUGAAGGAGGGGCAGACCAAGACCAAGGGCUACGCAGGGACCCCAGGGUUCAUGGCCCCCGAGCUGCUGCGCAGUGAGGAGUACGACUUCUCCGUGGACUACUUCGCCUUGGGGGUGACGCUGUACGAGAUGAUUGCCGCCAGAGGACCCUUCCGGGCCCGAGGAGAGAAGGUGGAGAACAAGGAGCUCAAGCAGCGCAUCCUGUCGGAGGCCGUCUCGUACCCCGAGAAGUUCAGCGCAGCCAGCAAGGACUUCUGCGAGGCACUGCUGGAGAAGGACCCCGAGAAGCGCCUGGGCUUCAGCGACGGGUCCUGCGACCGGCUCCGCACCCAGCCCCUCUUCAAAGACAUCAACUGGAGGCAGCUCGAGGCUGGGAUGCUGAUCCCGCCUUUCAUCCCGGACUCCAGGACGGUCUACGCCAAGAACAUCCAGGACGUCGGUGCCUUUUCCACCGUCAAAGGUGUGGUCUUUGACAAGACAGACACAGAAUUCUUUCAGGAGUUUGCCACCGGCAACUGCCCCAUUCCCUGGCAGGAGGAGAUGAUCGAGACGGGCAUCUUUGGGGACCUGAACGUGUGGCGUGCCGAUGGGCAGAUGCCGGACGACAUGAAGGGGAUCGCCGCGGAGGAGGCAGCCCCGGCCUCCAAAUCGGGGAUGUGUCUGGUCUCCUAG